AUGUAUUUUUACGAACAGUUAACAACAGUUAAUAAGACCCCGCAGUUACACAUGUUCAUGCUGUUUUGUCAAAUUAUUGACAUAAUUCAAGCUAACGACGUGAGCUUUUAUUUCUCGCUGCACGAGAACAGCGCCAUCGAAGAUGCCCAAUUUAUUUCGCAUUUUUAUUCCGAGGAUGUCAUAUUAUGUGCCCAAGCAUGCUCAAGAGAAGGAAAGUGUUUUACUGCAAACUACAAGGUGGAACAACAGAAGUGCGAACUCUCUAACGAAAGAGUAGAAAUUUCACAAGCAGCCGUGAUUACUUUGAGGGGAUGUUAUCUCAUAGAAAAGGUAAGAAAUAUUUGCUAUGUUUGAUUCAGUUACGAGCUGACAUCGGAUUGAAAACAAAACUACAUGCAGCGUUUCAAAUGUAGAGAGUUUUUCAACUAAUUAAUCAGAAACAGGCGAGAGACGUUUCUAUAAUGAAUUAACUUAAAUCACGGCGAGAUGGGACUAAUGGUAGUUCUUGAGUACAGGGCUGUCUGAGAGUCUCGGGAAAUUGGAAAAAAAUGAGUGAUAUUUUUUUCAAGGAGUGGAAAAGUUACCAUAUUCAUUUUAUAUACUUUUAAGUACUUAAGACGGAAUCCAUCGGGAAAUGGAGUAAUUUCAAUUUUCAGUGGACAAAAACGGGUUAAUAAUCCCACUCACAUUUAUCUCAGCGAUCUCAAAGUGUAUUUCAAAGUAGAAGUGUAUUUCAGAGUAACCUGAAGUAGAAUGGAGGAGUAUUAAAAUCGCAGAAAAAAUCAGUGGAUUAUGCCAAGACUGCCAACGUUGAAUUUGUUCUUGACCCGACGGUUUUAUUCCAUGGUUGAUUAAUUUACAGCUAUUUGCAAAUAUUUAAGUUGAUCAAGUGCAAGUGACUACCAGGGGAGUGUGCAGAUUGGUUCUUUGACAAUGACAUGAUCGUUUUGCUUGCAUAGACAAUACAGCAUGUCCCGGCAACAAAACAGCUUUUUGAUAAAUGAGCAUGCGCUGAACCGUGAACCUGUCCCUUUAAACAAUAUCGCAUUCCUUUUUACAUUUUUCAAGGACUGACAAUGCAAUAGUCAUCUGUAAUUAUAACACCAGAGAAAAUUUCUUAUGGGAGCCCGAGAAAACGAAUGUCAAAUUUCAGAAAAUUAUAUCUUACUUAUGAAAUUUUCAGAACUUUACCUGUGUUUCACAAUUCUUGUGAAAUUUGACAUUCAUUUUCUCGGACUCCCAUGAGGAAUAUUCUUUGGUGUUAUUACAGAUUACUAAUUACAUCUUAAGGCCUUUGAGAAUUAAAAUUACUCAAUUUCCUGGUGGAUUCCAUCUUAAAACCAGCAAAUUAAACGGAUAAGCUUCAAACUAUGCAGAGUGAUUGAUUAUCAGACUGAUUAUAAACCAGAAGGAGAAAAUUAAAAAUUAAAUUCGAUCACAGUAAUAGUAAUAGCCUUGGAAAAGAAUUCUUAACCAACUUCGAAUAAGAGAAAAGUCUUGAUAGCACAGCACUCGCGCGCGCGAAGCGCGCGCAGCGAAGCACCAUGGGUACGAAAAUUUGGUUAUCUAUGCACCACAGGCGGCUCAGACGUAGUGUGUGUCAAAAACAUGGACAAAAUGGGAUGAGAAGUCGAAAUAUAACAAAACAAAGUAAACAUACCUUUAACUGAACGUCUCCUUGUCGUUCCUGGCCGGUUAAAGUGGCAUUUUGUAAUUCUUCUUUAGUGGAUAGUGUCUACGAGUGCAAAACUCAACAAAUGCCGCUUUAGCCGGCCAGGAAAGACAAGGAGACGUUUAGUUAAAGGUAUGUUAGCUUUGUUUUGAUAUAUUUUGACUUUUGGACUAUUUUAGUUCUUGGGAGAUUCGACGACUCAUCCCAUUUUGUCUAUGUUAUUGGGACACGCUACAUCUUGGUCGCCUGUGUAUGCACCUGCGCGUUUCGGGGGUUAAUCGCAUGGCCACUCAGACUUUAAGAGGGAAAGUAAACAACAACAAGGCCGAGUCUUUCUUUCGACUAAAUCUGAGUGUCUACAUUGACCUGGAUAGCAGAGAAAGAGCUAAAGCCAGAGAUAAGAAACAAAGGAGAUCAUUCAGUCGUUGGAAGAAAAACAUAAAAAUUUUCUACUGGGUAUGAGAAAAUGAGAAAUGCUAGCGGCCAGCAAGGCGAAAAUGAGCGACAAUGUUAAAAAAGCGAACAGAAACGCAUACGGCAUUUCCAACACAAAACCUGUAAGUGGGAAAUUUCUGGAAGUUUCAUGUUGUAGUCGUGCAAAACAACGGCAAAGAAAUGUACAAAAAAGUGUGCUGCACGUGCAAAAUUGAUAUUUUGCUAAUUAGACCUAUUACUGUUUUUUUGCCGUUCUCGUUGCCUUCGCCGCUUAACAUUACACGAUUUUAUGUUGUGUUUGAGUGAACUGUAAAUAUUAAUUUAGCUCUGGCUAGAUCUAUAUAUUAGCAAGCGUACUUCAUUUUGUAGCAGCAGUGGAAGAACACAAAUAGCCAAAAAUUUGAUAUGUUAUAAGAUUUUUCCUGUAGUCCGCCGUAAGAGUCUGUAUGAACUAUCACAAACGCAGCCAUAUCUGCGACACUUUCCUCGCAUCAACGAAAAACCAAACUGUAUACAAUUCAGUUUUGAAAAACAGAAAAAAGAAACUUGACGGCAGUUAUAUUUCAUUUUGUGUUGCCGCAGUACAAGAACACAACCGUAGGGCACAGUUAAGCACUUACGCUUUGCCAAACCACUUUCAGAAGCAAUUGAAUUCCCCGUUUUAAUUGACCAGAAAAUGAUUCUUGCUAAAAUAUGAAAAACAAGGCGUUUUACCGUAUUGCGAUUGAUGCCCUCAUUAAAAGGCACAGCUCCUAACUUACACACCAUCCAGUUCAUCUUGACUGAGCAUGUGCUGUUUUCAUUUUAUUUGUUAUGAUAUCUUUUCUUUCUCUCUCUUUACAGCAAGGCCAUAUCUCAAAGACCUCAAGUAAGUUGCAUUUUCUUUGAUGCAAAUAAAAGUGAUAAAAAUUUAAACGCUUUUUUUAUAUAUUUACUAGCUAACAAAAAAAAUUUAUACUGUUCGUUGAGGACGGUCAAUUAUUUUAAGUAAAUUUCAAAAAGUUCGUAGAUAGCAUAUAGUAGCUGUUCGCUUUUUCCCUUGUUCUCACCUGGCCAAAAGGGAUCCAAAGUUUACGGGAGUUUAUUCCUGAAAAAAAACAAACAAACAAACACAGAAGCAAAAUAAACAAACAAACUAAUUCUCAUAAGGGGCGUCUGUUAGACAGCGGGCGUUUAUUAGAGAGGGGUGAAUAAUCCAUUUUUUACGGUGUAUAGAGGGGGCGCGUUUAUUAGAUAAGAGUCAUUUAUAUGGAAGUGGGCGUUUUUAAGGUCAUUUAUGUUAUUCAUACUGCUUCAUUUGUAAGCUAUUAAUCAGCUUCUCAAAUGGGAAUCAGACGGUAACAAAAAACUUUCAUUUCAAAAUUAUCUGAACUCUAAAAGGGUCAAAAACUAGUCAAACUAGAUACCGUUUGUAAAAACAGUCGGUUUACACGGCAUGCAUAUAGAAGCGUCAAGCUAAUGUGUUUUGUUGCCUUCCAUUUUUCUAGCUUUUUUAAAAUGGCUUGAUUUUACACCUCAGUGGUGCACUUGGUCUGGACGAACUUCCUUUGGUGACGAGAAAAUCACGGCGGAACAGUGUAAAGAGAAAUGUAAAAACCGAUGCCUUGGUGUGGAGUGGUGGGAAAAAUCACGCAACUGUUAUGAGUGUACGGAUCCCUCCAAAAAGACCGUGUAUACGAACACUAAUGACGCCGGUUAUCCCCCUCACGUGUUCCUUAAGAGCGACAAUUGA